CGAUGAUGAUAUCUUCUCACAUUCUUAUAAAGUUAUAAUUCUACUUUUUCCUCCUCUGCUUGAUCAGACAAAUCCAAUCCAUCAUGGGUGAAGAUGAUUUAGUGGAGCUCGUAUGGAAGAGUGGUCAAGUAGUUCAAAGAAGCCAUACACAAAGACCCUCCUCUGAUAAACCCUCUCAUCCUCCUCCUCCUCCUCCUCCUCCUACCAUUCUCCGUGGCAGUGGAAGCGGCGGUGGUGGUGGAGAAGAAAAUGUUUCUCUUCAGCUUCCGCAGCCUCAGCCUUACAUGCAUCAUCAGAAUCUCUUCAUUCAAGAAGAUGAAAUGGCGUCUUGGCUUUACCGUUCUUACAGCCAAGAUUAUUUCUGCUCCGAACUUUUAUACAACGGCGUCGCAUCCACUUCUGCUACGCAUCCACAAAGCUCUGUCUCGUUGGCACCAUCACCCAGUGCUCCGUACAUUCUGCCGCCGGAGAGACCCAUCGCUCAUAAUUUGGCCGUGACAAGGGCGGAGAAUCUUAUGAACUUCUCGUGGCUAAGAAGGAACAUAUAUACCAGCGAUAGAGUUGAAGUUGGACAAUCGAUCCCGGUGCAGGUUGGUUCGAGCGCGACCACGUCAUCUUUGGUUACUUUCCCGCAAAGUUUGGCCUCUCUGGCACAGCUACCACCUAGUAUUCAGUACAUUCUGACGGCGGAGAGACCCACCGGUCAAGUUUCUACGAACUUCUCGAGGCUAAGAGGGAACAUGUUUACCGGCGGUCGAGUUGAAGCUGGACCGUCCAUGGAGGUGGGCUCGAGCGCGACACCGUCGUCUUCUGCAAUUGAAUCAUGUGUGCUACCACCAACUGAGGGGACGGAGAGUAGAGUGUCGGGCACUUUUGCAGUUCCCGGUCUUGAUCGGAAGGGAAAGGCUGUGGCCAUUGAGACGGCCAGAACACCAACGUCAGGAGUAUGCAAGGCCGAAACAGAGCCGAUUCAGGUACAACCAGCGACUGAGAUGGGAGUUUCCAAAGACAAGAAGCGAAAGGAGAGAGAGGAAACCGUUGCCGGAAUCCAGGGAACUGAAGAAGCUCGUGGAUCAAAAUCUAGGAAGAGGUCACGAGCUGCAGAAAUGCAUAACCUCGCCGAAAGGAAACGGAGAGAAAAGAUCAACGAGAGGAUGAACGCCCUGCAAGAACUCAUUCCUGGCUCCAGAAAGUCUGAUAGAGCUUCAAUGUUGGAGGAUGUUAUUCAGUUCGUGAAAAAACUACAUAGCCAAAUACAGAUGAUAUCUAGGGGACAAGAUAUCAUGCCGCCUGUGACGAAUGCAGGGAAUAUGCAACAGUUCAUGCCUCAGAUGGGCAUGGGGAUGAUGGGUAUGAAUCAGCCUCCAUUUAGACCAUCACCUAAGCCGCCUCAUAUUGCGGAUCCACCAUAUCCAGCACCGCACCACCCUUUUCCAAACAUUCAGACCUCUGACCCAUCCACAGUUCAUUUACCAACACCGCAGCCGCAGUUUCCGGCAUACAUGAAUCCUUAUAGUCAGUUUCUUGGUCCCCACCAGAUGCAACAACCUCCUCCUCCUCCAUCGCAGAGUCAAACAACAUCACAGCUGAGUGUAAGCAAGGCAAGUACUAGCAAGGAACUUGAGGAUCAGGACAACCAACCAACAGGUUGAUGUUCUCCAAGGAAAUCACAACUUUGAAGAAAACCAAAGUGGCUAACAAGUAGAAAGAUGGUAUGUCUGUCAGUCUGUGUAAGGUUUAUGUAGGUCCCUUUUAUGUUACAACGUAGAAUCUAUGGUGUCAAUGUAUACAGGUUGCAAGGUGGGCAAAGAGAAGAGAGACGUUUGUGCAUUACACCCUAACCUUGAACUCCCUAUAAAAACUAUCGUGCCAAUACAUUAAUAAAGGAGCAAAAGUAAUAGCUAAAUUGUUGAGACUAUUAUGUUACAAGUGUAAAGUGCCAUUUUG